AUGAGAGACCAACAAGAAGAUGGUAAAUUGUUGCUCGAGACAAGAGGAAAAGAAGAAACCUUCCUUCCUCGCGAUACCGAAGGCAAUCCCAAGACUGGUUUUUCAGACAAUUGGUGGACUGGUAUGGAACUGCUGCACACUCUGUUCGCCUUGGAACACAACGCCAUCUGUGACAAGAUUCGUGCGGCUCAUCCUGACUGGAACGGGUAA